AUGGGGAUCAAGAUAAAGGUUGUGCUAGGAUUGGCGACGAUAUAUACUACAUACAACAGCUGCUUAGUCGGUGCACGGCUGUACGAGAUUAGACAGCGUCGGAUCCGCGCAGAGAAGGCGGUCGAGAGCGGUGAUCUUGAGGCUCUGGAACUGCAUGCAUCACCAGAGAAGCAGUUUGGUGUGCUCGUAAUCGCCGGUCGGUUUGCAAACCCAUUCAGAGAGUAUCGGGAACAGGGUGUUCUAGAUUUCUUCUUCUGGCGCAUCGUCGAGAUUCUCAAGUAUAGGCCAUGGCACCCGCGCGGCGGUGUUCCCCGACUCAUCUCCCAGCGCGAGCAGAUGCUGCCGACAUUUACUCCCGACUACGAGGAUCCUCAACCAAUCCACCAGCCUCACCUACAUUCUCCAACUGUCGAGGUUCCGUCGUGCAACGAGAGACUCACAGUCACUUGGAUUGGGCAGUCGUGCAUGUUUGUGCAAUGCAAUGGCAUCAACUUCCUCACCGAUCCCGUGUUUGGCGACUAUCUGAUAUCAGCAUAUCUUGGUCCUAAGCGAAUCAUUCCCUCGCCGUGCUCGAUCGACAGCCUUCCUCAUGCGGAUUUCGUCCUGGUCUCGCACAAUCACCCGGACCAUUUCGAGGACGAAACUAUCAAAAAGAUCGGGAACUCGGCCCUUUGGAUCGUUGGUCUUGGCGUUAGACCGUUUUUGGCACGGAGAGGCAUCUUUAGAGUUGUUGAGUUGAAGUGGUGGGAUAAGAUCUCACUACCUGCUAUUGCGGGCAAAGACACGAAGGGCUGGGAAAUCGCUUGCACGCCUGCGAUGCACUGGUCUGGCCGUGGUUUUUUCGACGCAAACGCUUCACUCUGGUGCUCGUUUAUGAUUCUCCACAACUCGAAACCCGUUGUUUUCCACUGCGGCGACACGGGCUACUCCCCCGACAUCUUCACAUCGAUCGAGAAAGUCUACGGCUCCGGAUGCGAGCUCGCGCUGAUGCCGAUCGGCGCCUACGAGCCCCGCGCGCAUCUGCGUCCACUGCACUGUAAUCCCGAAGAGGCAGUGCAGAUGAUGAUUGACGUUGGCGCGCGGAGACUGGUUGGCGUACACUGGGGUACGUUCGUGCUUAGCGACGAGCACUUCCUUGAACCGAAGAUCCGGCUCCACGAAGCUGGUGCGAAGGUAGGCCUCGGCGACGCGGUCUGGGGCGCCGAAUUCGGGCGCACUAUCGUCAUUCCGUACCGCGGUGGUGCGAUCAAUACGUUGCUGAAGGAUUCCUCCGACAGCGAGAGCGAGAACGCGUUCAGUCUUGCGGUGGCGAAGAUGGAGAUUGUGGGACCUAUGCGUCCGGUCGAAGGACGGGAUACCAUGGUCUGGUAA